UGUCAUAGUGAAGUCCUGUACAAGUUUCAUCAGAAACAAGUCCCCGUGGGACUUAUCCUGUAAUAAUGCAGUAAGUGUAUUUUAGAUUGCAGCCUCAAAAUACAAAUCUGGCUUGCUGAUUUCCGUUACUUACAUUGUUCUCCCAUUCCAGUCUACCCAGACUCUGAAAUCACUAGCAGCAGCCCUUUUCAGUGGUGGCUUCUGGAAUCAACUUCCAUCAGGGAUUUGUCCAGAGCCUUUGUAAGUUUCAGGAAGGCUCUGAAGACUCAUUUGUUUUCACUGGCCUUUCCAUAGUGCACAGGCUGCAGGUUUUAUUGGUGUUAUCUGUUUUUAUAGCAUUGCUAUUGAGUAUUUAUGGAUUGGUUUUAUACUGAAUUUGUUUUGCAUUGCUUGUAUUGAUUUUUUCUUGCAUGCCACUCUGGGAGGGUUCUGCCCUUAAAGCCGGCUUAAAAACCAUUGCAAAAAACGAUUGUAUACAAAAUCAUGGAAAUGCAACCAAAGGAAACUGAACCUCUACCACCCCCUCCAGAAUAUUCCGGCCCAGGUUAUCCACCUGCCCAACCCCAAUUUCCUCAGUAUGCCCCUGGAUCUGCUAUUCCAGGUCAGCCAGUGGCUUAUGGACCUCAGCCAGUUCAAGGACUGCUUAAUGCACCUGCGCCUCCACCUGUAGUAUGGAUGCCAGCACCACCUCCAGUGCCCAAAUGCCCUCCUGGAUUAGAAUACUUAUGCCAGAUGGAUCAGAUCUCAAUUCAACAGCAGAUUGAGCUCAUGGAAAUGAUAAGUGGCUACGAAACUUGCAACAGAUAUGAAGUCAAAAACUCUCUGGGACAGCUGGUGUACUUUGCAGCUGAGGAAAAUGAUGAUUUCACCCUGAAUAUGUAUGGGGCAUUGCGGUCAUUCAACAUUAAGCUCUUUGACAGCACAAACCAACCAGUAAUGCAACUGUCAAGGUCUUUCCAUUGUUCCAUUUGUUGUUGUCCUUGUGUUUGCUGCUUGCAAGAGCUUGAAGUUCAGGCCCCUCUAGGCACAACCAUUGGCUACGUUAAGCAGAAGUGGCACCCCUUUCUGCCUAAAUUUUAUAUCCAAAAUGAGGUCAGAGAAGAUGUACUUAGAAUGGCUGGGCCUUGUGUGCCGUGCCGCUGUUUUGAUGAUAUUAAUUUUGAGGUGAAAUCACUAGAUGGGAAAUCUACAGUUGGAACAAUUGUGAGGAAGUGGACUGGCAUGGCCAGAGAGGCAGCUACAGAUGCUAGCAUCUUUGGAGUUCAGUUCCCAGUGGAUCUUGAUAUUAAAAUGAAAGCCGUCGUGAUUGGGGCUUGCUUCCUCCUGGAUUUCAUGUUUUUUGAACGGCGGGGCAACAGGAACAGACGUAACAGGUCAACAGGGGUGCAUGGUGCUCGUAGGGUGCACGGUGUUCAUGGGAUGCAUGGACACCAUGGGAGACAUGGACACCAUGGGAGACAUGGACACCAUGGGAGACAUGGACAUCGCAGGCGUUAGCUCAGACCAAAUUUGCAUUACGAACACCUCUAAGUAACCAUGGCUGUUUUGCUUAAACAAGUUACAAAUGCAACAUCUAAGAAGAACGUUAGGGUGUUGUUGUUGUUUUUAAGUUGCUUAUUUCUAUAACUUACAACUAUGGCUGUAGUCCUUAUACCACUUAUGUCAUAAUAUUCCAUAUAAGCAACUCAAAAGAUUACACAAUACCGUGGUUGCUUUCUUUUAUUACUUUGAUGCAUCAGGAUUGUUGUGUGUAUAUAUACUAUAAUUAUAAGAAUAGAUAAUAUGAAUUGUACUAGCAUUCCAGACUCCCAGCUGUCAGCAGCAGAUGGAGGGGCAAAAAUCUGACCCUGUAUUUGCUAUUGCUGCUACUGCCACUACUGUUAAAAGGCCUUGAAGUGACAGUAGCCAAGGAGGUGGCCAAACUUCAUUUCUCCAAGUUUACUUUAAGAAUUUUCUUCUGCUUGAUUAUUCAAAUGUUUGUCAUUAUUAUAUCCUGAAUUGUUGCGACUGUUUUGCACAGCGGUGAUUGUGUUAACCAUGCUGAGCAGUUGUCAUACAACUAACAUAAUAAAUGAAGCAAAUAACAGUGAUACUA